AUGAGAUUUAAAAUCAAGCUCAUUUUGCUGUAUCUCCAGAAAUCUUUGCUUAUCAUUACUGGAAUAUUAAUAUUAACCAGCAUUUUGAUGCAUAAACCAUUAAAGCAUGAUCAUAGUCAAACAGAAUUCAUUGGCUAUGCAGUUCAACAAUACAGAAAAGAAUGCCAACGGUACAGUUCUAAAGAUCAGCAAUUGUCUACGCAUUCUGGAAUUAGCUGCUCCAAAAUAGCAAAAGGGGAUCCAGAGGCUAUUGUACAGGCUUCUUUGAGUGCGCUCUCUGUUAAAAAUAAGAGAAAACUUUUAAGUGAGGAUUUCUAUCUUAACUUGACUAAAACUUGCUCUUAUUUUAAGACUUCUCGGAGGUAUAUCACACAGCCUCUUAGCAAAGAGGAAGAAGAUUUUCCACUUGCAUAUUCCAUGGUUGUACAUGAAAAUAUUGAAAUGUUUGAAAGACUUUUAAGAGCUAUUUAUUCUCCACAGAAUAUCUACUGCAUCCAUGUGGACCAAAAGUCUCGGAACUCAUUUACACGAGCAGUAAGAGCAAUUGCAACUUGCUUUGAUAAUGUUUUUGUGGCCAGUAAACUAGAAACAAUCGUCUAUGCAUCUUGGUCAAGGGUACAGGCUGACCUGAACUGUAUGAAAGACCUUCUGGAAAGUAAAGUCAAAUGGCACUAUGUGAUCAACACUUGUGGUGCUGAUUUCCCAAUUAAAACUAAUGCUGAGACUGCUAGAAUGCUCAAGUUACUUAAUGGGAGAAACAGCCUAGAAUCUGAAAAGCCAUCAGCUUACAAGGAAGGACGUUGGAAGUUUCAUCAUGAAGUCAACAACAGCAUAAUAAGGACAGAAAUAAAAAAAUCUGCACCACCUAUUAAAACACCAGUAUUUACUGGAAAUGCCUACUUUGUUCUUGCAAGGAAAUUUGUGAGAUACUUGUUUUAUGACCCUGUUCCUCAGCAGCUGAUAAAGUGGGUGCAGGACACAUAUAGCCCUGAUGAGCACCUCUGGGCUACACUAUAUCGCAUACCUGAAGCCCCAGGUUCAGUUCCACCCAAUAUGAAGUAUGAUGCAACAGAUAUGCAAGCCAUUGUAAGGUUAGUAAAAUGGGAAUACUUAGAGGGGGAUAUCUACAAAGGAGCUCCAUACAAACAUUGUACUGGCAGCCACAGACAUGCAGUCUGCAUAUAUGGAAGUGGUGAUCUCAACUGGAUGCUACACCAACAUCACUUGCUUGCGAAUAAAUUUGACCCCCUUGUAGAUGACAUUGUAAUACAAUGUCUGGAAGAGUAUCUAAGGCAAAAAGCUCUGUGUGGUAUAGAUUUCUUACUACAAAAUGCUGAGGAGGUUUUUGACUCAGUAAGGACCUAA